AUGAUGAGUGCGCGCGCUUAUGCGACGCCAGCGACGGCGCCUGCCAAGAAAUACCAGCCCAAAGUGCCCAAGCACUUUUCAUACCAAGACAAGCGCCAGAAAAUGAGCGAGCGCAAGACGUACCUGUACAACAUGUACGUCCGCGUUAUGCAAGAAAGUGAACUUGUGGUCCUGUUUGAAGCAGAAAAUGUCAGCGUGCCUUUGCUUAAGAAUCUGCGCACACAGAUGCACAGCAUUAAGCUGCCAGACGGCGAUAAGGCGCGUCUCUCUGCCAAAAAUGGUGGCGAGGAAUGGGACAUGCCAGUAAGUACGCUGAGUAUGGCACGUACAGGCUUGCUGCGUCCUGUAUGCCGUGAAGACAAAUCCAAGGCGGUUCAGGGCCUGGGUCCCUACUUGCAUGGCCAAGUGGCGUUGUUGUCGUUCCCUGUGUUGUCGCCUGAGUACGUGGGCAAAGUGCUUCGGGCCAUGGACAAGAUCAUGUCGGCGGCCAUCGACGAGGUGGAUCCCAAGAGCGGCAAGAAGCCGCCGAAAAUGAAGGCUGUGGUGGCGGUGGCUGAGAGGAGUCGUUUGCUGGAUGCCAAGGCCAUCCCUGCCUUUACCAAGCUGCCCAACCUUCCGACAUUGCAUGCGCAGGUGGUGGGUCUGCUAUCGGCGCCGAGUCAACAGCUGGUGGGUCUGUUAUCGCAGGCAGGUGGUGCUACAUUGGCUGCUACACUCGAGGCGCGUCGUCGCGAUUUAGAGAAGGCGUCCGAGUAA